CAGUUUCAUUUUCAAUACAUGUUGGCUGAGGCCAACAAUAUUUGCUUUGACUAGGACUCUCUGACUUUAAGGAUUGGGUCAAACCGGCACUAUAACUUGUUCAUGGAAAUAAAUAUUGCUUCUUCGGUCUAAUCUAAAUUCGUAAUGUCCCUUACAAACAGGAAACAUUAAUUUAUUUUAUUAUAUCGUUAUGGUUAAACAAAAAGGAACUCCUGAGAGAACAGAUUCUGCGAGCAGCUGAAAGGCAGCUGAAUGGAGAUCGACAUCGGUGGUUUUGGGUGAUUUCGGUCCAACAUGUCACCAGGGUCCCCAGCCUCUUGUGCCGCGUCAUGACGCAGCACAAUCGGUUUACAAAUACUUUCAAUUAUACGUCGAAGAUUAGCAUUUUUUUAUUCUGUUUUCGUUGAAUUUAGAUGCUAAAUUCCAAAGGCUAUCUGAUUAGGCCUACUUGUAUUCUCUUACGUCAUGCUCAUGAAUACAAUGACCCUGACGGCCUAUGCAAACGAACAGUUGAGAAACGUCUACCUGCUCCGACCAGAGUCAUGUGUGCGCGCAAACGCAGGAACGCAUCCGCUACACUGCGAGAAAUCCACGUUUGGUUUCUGUUGAACAAAAAUGAAAGUCUAGCUAUCCCUUCAUUAGAAAAGGAUCGGCCCUCCGUUCAGAGUUUUAUUCCGAAACAGCUUCACGGGAUCACUGCCUAUUUUCGAUAUGCAGUCCAUCAAGACGUCUGGGGGUAAAACAGUGGUCUUCUUUGACCUGGAGACCACGGGAUUAGAAACCUGGCGGUGUGAGAUCAUCCAGCUGGCAGCCAUCAGCGGCGAGCGCACCUUCAACGUGUACACGAUGCCCGAGAUCGCCAUCGACAGAGGGGCCGCGGAGGUCACGGGCUUCAGCGUCCGAGAUGGCGCCCUCCUCCUGCAGGGUACAGCCGUGCCGACCGUCACGUUGACCGAGGUCCUGACCUCCUUCCUUGACUUCCUGCAGUCCUUAGAGCAGCCCGUGCUGCUGGCCGCACACGGCGCCAGAUGCUUUGACAAACCUGUACUGGACAGAGCACUGCUCAGGUGUUCCCUCACCAGGCAGUUCCAGCAGCUGGGCUCCAGAUACUUGGACACCUUCCUACUCAGUAAGGCGCUCUAUCCAAGGAUAGAUAGCUAUUCACAGGUGAACCUGGUGCGGCACUUCCUGGGGAAAAUCUACAAUGCCCAUAAUGCAUUGGAGGAUGUUAGGGCUCUGCAGGAGCUGUACAGUUGUUGGGAUCCCAGUGAAGGGACUUUGAAUCGGUGUAUGUUAUAGCAACCAAGAAAUGCAAGCGACUUACAUUUACAUUUAGGGCAUUUAGCAGACGCUUUUCUCCAAAAAGACUUACAUUAUGUACAUUUUUCAUAAGAAAAUGAAGCAAUAUAUCUCUGUCUGUACAAUAAGGAGUUAACAAAGGAGUAUUUAACGACUUACUGAAAACUGCAAUGUUGCAACUCGGUUUAUUUGAUUACUAUUCAAUUUUCUUUCUGCUUUAAUUGGUUUUGUGGUUUAAAAUUAUGUAACUGGUGUUCCCAUUGGUAUUUUGGUUUAAUAAACUCAAUCUCAAAACCAA